GAAGCUCUCCGAUCUGAAACGAAGCAAAAGAAUCGCGUCUAGUGAUGGCUUUAAAUCUGGCAGAGGAGCUUGAGACAGCAUUCCACUCUUGCAUAGCGGCCACGACCAAUAAUGAAUACUUCGCACCGAGAGAUAAUGGAGACGAAAUCAAAGUUACCGUCGAGCAGACCGUGCGGAAAUUUUUGGAUACCGCGAGGCAGAUGGAGUGCUUCUUCUUGCAAAAGCGACUGCUGGUUUCCCCUCAAAAGCCCGAACAGAUCGUGAUGGAGGAUAACAUGGAGCUGAAGAAUGAAUUGAUGCGCAAAGAGCAGCUACUCGAGAAGUACCACGCGAAGCUGAUCGAUUGGCAGAGACUGGUCAGCGACACCUCCAUCGGCAGCGGAGCACCACCCCACAAUAUGCCCAUGGCGCAGCAGAGACCUUCCCCGCAACAACCGCCAAUAGCAGCAGUGGCUCCGAUGAGCGCCGGCUACAUGUGCGGGAAUCCCAUGAAUCCGGCCAUGCAAAUGCAAGGUGGACCGCCGGGGCGGCAAGUGGGGCCGGGAGGCGGGUUCCGUGGACUGCCCAGUUAAUCCAAUCUCGGACUCAGCUGAAAUUAUUUUACCGCUUUUGUAAAUAAAUUCUGGUGAAGUUGUACAAAU